AUGAGCAGAUAAGUGCGGUCAAGGUGUCGUCGGCACUGCAGCAUCCGCUCUGCGGCUGAUCGCUGCUGCUGCUGCUGCUGCUGCUCACAGUCCCGCAGACAAAGUCAUGGAGGGAGGGAAGUUGUGAGGCUAAGAAGUGGGUCUACAUCCCUACGAAACGGGCAAAUUAGAAACAAUGGCGGAGGCUAAUCCACUCAGGGGACUGCCCCGGAUCCAGAGGGCUGCGAUGUCAUUCCCUGGACAUCUGCACUUAGUUUUAGUGUUGAGACCCAAAACCCACCUGCAGACCACUGGAACAGACCUGGGUUUCCGCUUCAGUCAGGACGACUUUGCUCUCAAGAUGCCGAUGGUAAUGCUGAGCUCCCUGACAGACCUGCUUCGCUUCAUUGAUGAAAAUCAACUGAGCACUGAGUUUGGCGGUACGCUGGAGGAAUGCCAUAGUGACUGGAUAGUUCUGCAAACGGCCAUAGAGAGUUUUGCAGUGACAGUGAAGGAGAUCGCUCAAUUACUGCAGACAUUCGGCACAGAGCUGUCUGAGAUCGAGCUGCCUGAUGAAGCCAGCGGCAUUGAGUACUUACUCAGAUCACACACUGAGAAAUACAGGCAGAUGAAGGAUGACAUUAGGUCAGUUAUGAGGGAAGGACGACAGCUUCUCUCAAACCUUGAGGCCUCAAAAGCUGUGGAAGGUGCUGCAGCAGAAGACAGGGACAUCAGCCAAGACAAAGAAAGAGUGCAGAGGCUCGUGGCACAGUUACGGGACAUGGAAAUGGCUUUCGAUGGCUUUUUUGAGAAGCACCACCUCAAGCUCCAACAAUACCUUCAACUGCUCCAGUACGAGAUGAGCUUCCAUGAGAUGGAAGACACUCUGGAGAAACUCAGUGCACAGGAGAAAGCCAUUGCAUCUGUGGGGACAACAGUGGCCCAGACGGAGCAGCUACUCAUAGACCUCGAGAUGCUGGAAAACACAGCAGAGGAAGAAAUGGGCCGUGCUCAGAUUAUUAUUCUGCAUGGGCACCAGCUGGCAGCGAGUCAUCACUACGCUCUUGCCCUAAUAGUUCAGCGCUGCAAUGAACUGAGGCAUCACUCUGACACUCUCACUACAGCUCUACGUGCCAAACGGGCAUCUCUCACGCGUAUACGAGACCUGCUGUUGCGGUUGGAGGAGACUGUGCGUUGGUGUGAUGAGGGGGCCUAUCUGCUGGCUAACCAGCUGCUGGAUAAGUUUCAGUCCAAAGAAGGGGCGCAGGCAGCCCUGCAGGACAUUGAGAGACUGAUGGAGACGGCGCCCUCAGUGGUGCGGUCUAACCCGGGCGUUCUCAGUCUGGAGUUUGAGGCAAUACUCACACCACAGCUGCAGUCUCAGAUAGAGGCUGUCACAGAGAAGCUAUCAACAGUGCAGGGAAUGAUCCAGAGCAGACAGGCCUGUCUGAGGAAACUGGCUGAUAUUCAGGUCAGACCCAUCCAGCUGGUCGCUCCAAGGCCCGAGAACUCGCCACGCUGCAAAUCCCCUGCAUUCUCUCCAAAACACAGUUUUGACGUGAACUCCAGUUUAAGGUUUUCUUUUGAUCUCGCACUUCCUGGUAAAAGGGCCUCACGGAAAGGUCCCAGCACUAAAAAGAUAGAGGUCAUGCACGACUACGAGGAGAACCGCAGCUGUCUGUCUUACAGCCCAGAGGGAGUUGAGAACCCCGACCAGCACAAACGCCAUGUAAUGAAGGAGCUGAUUGAGACGGAGAGAAUCUAUGUGGAGGAGCUGCUGUCUGUUUUGCUGGGUUACAGGACAGAGAUGGAUAACCCAUCUCUCUCUAAUAUACUUCCAUCUGUACUGCGAAAAAAGAAAGAAGAGCUGUUCGGAAAUCUGCCGGAGAUCUAUAAAUUCCACAGCAGGAUAUUCCUACAGGACCUCGAGAGCUGCUUAGAGACCCCAGAGAGAGUGGGAGCACGCUUCCUGGAACGGAAAGAAAAUUUUCAGGUGUACGAGCGCUACUGCCAGAACAAACCUCGCUCAGAUGCCCUCUGGAGGCAGUGUUCAGAUUCAGUCUUCAUCCAGGAGUGCAAAAAGAAGCUGGAUCAUAAACUAGGUCUGGACUCAUAUUUGCUGAAACCUGUUCAACGCUUAACCAAGUACCAGCUUCUUCUGAAGGAACUACUAAAACACAGCUCAAACUCGCAGUAUGCAUCUGAGCUGCAGGGGGCACUAAAUGCCAUGCUGGACCUCCUCAAGUCUGUCAAUGACUCCAUGCAUCAAAUUGCCAUCACUGGUUUUGAGGGCGUAUUGAGUGACCUGGGCCGCGUCCUUAUGCAGGGGUCUUUCAACAUCUGGAUCAACCAUAGGAAAGGGCCAACGCGCAUGAAAGACAUGGCUCGCUUUAAACCAAUGCAAAGGCAUCUGUUCCUUCACGAAAGAGCUCUGCUCUUCUGCAAGAAGAGAGAGGAGAGUGGAGAGGCACAUGAUCGGACAGCCUCUUACAGCUUCAAACACUGCCUGAUGAUGAGUGCUGUUGGUAUCACAGAAAACAUCAAAGGGGAUGUAAAGAAGUUUGAAAUUUGGUAUAACGGAAAAGAGGAGGUGUAUGUUGUUCAGGCUUCAACUGUAGAUGUGAAGAUUGCAUGGCUCACUGAGAUUAGAAAAAUCCUCAACAAUCAGCAAAAGAUUGGCAAAGGUGAUGCUCACCCGGAUGGUGAGCAGCCAUUAUCUCCACCCUUGGCUGACAGUGUGAGGCAUAUGUCCGUAUGCAUGCCCUGGACGUCCACACAGAUCACUGGCUGCUCAGGUUGUUUUGAUGUCCUCCCUCACAGCAAGCUCCAGGAGGCGUCCGUCAGCUCAGAGGAGGCCGAUUCAGGCCGCGUGAGUCCGGUUCUGACAGACCCAGUCAUCGUUUCUCCACGUCCUCGCCACCACAACCGGCGCAGCUGGCCAGGGACGUCUCACUCAGUGGACAUCUGUGAGGGUCUGGAGGACUGGACCACUGACCUUUCAAACAUCUCAGAUUCUGAUGAAGAAGACGAUGUGCUGCUGGUUCCUGGAAGGUAUAGAGCAAUGGUGGACCAUUUAAAGUGUGGCAAGGAUGAUGUAAUCAUCAAAUGUGGUGAUGUCAUUCACGUGUUGCAGGAGAGUGCCAUGGGGCUUUGGCAUGUUAAGAAUUUGACUCGUGGAGGUGAAGGAAAACUCCCUGUUGAUACACUGCUGAGAAUGCUGGGAGAUGCAGGCAGAAGUCCCUCCAUUAAAUCAGGAGGGGGGCUUAUGCACUUCGGUGUUGUCUCAUAGGUACGGGAAAUAUAAACAGCAGGACACCCAGCAACACCUAAGUACAUAAACCACAUGUACACAAAGCUCACACCAUGUGACAACCCUAAAGGCCAUUUCUGUCAUUCAGGACUGAGCCCAGUCACGCCAACCUGAAGCACACAAACAAACACCAAGUCAGGAAAACAGAGCUGCCUAGCUGAGAGAAAGUUUCCAUCUGCCAUCAGUGGGGGAUUUUUGGAUUAUGCUGGAUUUAAAGACAAAAAGGGAUUCCUCUCUCUCCUCGAACGAGCCAAUGACCACACCUACAACAAUACAGUCUGGAAAUAAAAGGAGCUUUGCAAAGCACUUUACACUGAUCCACUUCAUCCCUGGAAAGUACCAUCACCAUGCUGUGCCAUAACUUGAUAUAAAACAUGUAUUUGUGUAGUUAGCACAGUAUUUAAGUGUAUAUUAAAAACAGGAAGGUUUAUGGCUUGGGGUGUAAACUGGCUUGAGAGAAAAGCAAAAACUAUUUUUUUCUCUCCUCGGACACUUGUUUUAAAAAGCCAUUUUAGUGCUGGAAUGGAUACCAGUGCUACAAAGAAUGAAAGAUAAACUAAACAUUAGUAUCUAGUUUAUGUGCCAAAACCUAACAUUCCAUUCCCAAACCUACCCGGUUGACACUAAUUCCUCUUUUUUUAUUACUCUGACUUUACUUUUGCAUCAGUAUUUCUCCAAGAAAUAUUUCAGAGAAAUAUGUAAAAUAAAUAUUAUUUCAGAGAGUACGUGAGGUGAAAACUUUACAAAUCAGUAGUCAGCAAUGUGAUUGUUUUAUUGCUACACAGUUAUGCUUAAAAACAUACUGCUCACCUUCAGAUGAUCCAUGUUUAUAUUCAUUCACUUUAAGUCAGUUCAAACAUGGCUUUUCUGGACUACUUAGCAAAUUUUCUUAGUUGUCAAAGUGUUUUUGUACGGGUUUACUGUAGAAACAGCAUAAUUCAUUUUUUUUUAGCACUUCCACCAUAUUUGGGUCCGUUUUUGUCAUUGAAAUAAAACUUGGUGGUAUACAUCAUUAGAACGUCCACUGUAAACUUGUUCGUUCUAAUAGUCUUAGAAACCAUUGAGGUGAAUUUAUAUUAGCUAACCGCAUUAAAAACAGCAAUGAAUAAAUACAGUACCGUUUAAAAGUUUGGGGUCAGUAAGAUUUUUACUAAGAUUUUUUUUUUUUUCUGAAAAGAAAUGCAUACUUUUAUCCAGCAAAGAUGCAUUUAAUUGAUCAAAAGGCAUGAAAAUAAAGGCACUGAUAAGUAUUUCUGUUUUAAAUAAAUGCUGUUUUCUGAACUUUCUAUUCAUCAAAAAAUGCUGAAUAAAAUCAUGGUGUCCACAAAACAUCAUAUUUAGCAGCAGUUGUCAGCAUUGAUAAUAAGAAGAAAUGUUUCUUGAGAUCAAAUCAGCAUAUUGGCAUGAUUUCUUAAGGAUAAUGUGACACUGAAAACAGGAGUAACAGCUUUGCCAUCACAAGAAUAAAUUACAUUGUAAAAACAGUUAUAAAAACGACCCCAAACUUUUGAAAUGUAGUGUACAUUUGCAUGUCAUUAUUUUAAAAGAGGGCUUGACAAGGGAGAAGAAAAGUGGAUGCGGUCUGAAUGGGUUUCAUGUGU